AUGCCCGACAUUUAUUCUCCCACCUCAAUCCACCCUGCACUGACCGAUCCCAAUAAUCUCCCUCUCCGUCCCUCUCUCCCUCACCCUCUCCCUCUCCCUCUCCCCGGCAUCGAUGAGGCCUCUUCUCAACACCAUUCCCCCCAAGACGCUUCGUCUCGCGCACCUACAACUACAAGGAAUGGAUUGAACGUGCCUUGCAGUAUCGGAGACAGUCUCCUUCGCGAUUACACACAUCAACUCGGCCAAUUGAAUACCAAAUGCGACGUUGACCAUGAUCCUUCUGAAUCGUCGUUCUCUGCCGCUUCUACAGUAGGCCAGAAUUCGCCGAGCGACUCUGCAUCAUUGCCUGCCUCUCCGAUAUUCCCGACCCGACGAUCAUCAAAGACUCCCAGAUUCACGCACCGCAAGAACACCCUGUCCGUGGAGUCAAUCCCGAAACAAACAAUCCUCAAGGCAUUGGCCUCGACAGAAAGGAACCCCAAUCCCCAGAAUCUGUCGCUGUCCGGCAUGAUAUCAGCACAUAAUCAAAUGGCCAACCGGCCCGGGUCUGCUACAUCCCAGAAGUUAUCUGCCGCCCUCUCGGACCUCGCGAUCCGAAAUGGCACCCCUACAACCCCCCGAUUCAAACCAUUGCAGUCUCCCUGCUUCUACCACGAACGUUUCGAUGACGUGCUGAAUAUUGGGAAGGUGCUGGAGGAGAUUAGGGGAAACGAAUGGAUGUCGCACUCACGAUUGCUUGCGACUGCGACUGGGGUCCGGGAAAUAUCCAAACAAUUACAGCGUCGUCCUAUAAAGCGGGCUGUGCGCAAUGUCAUGAUCGUCACGAAAGCCAGGGACAACCAAUUGGUACAUCUGACGAGGGAGCUUGCGACGUGGCUGAUGGCAACCCCCAGAUAUGGGUCGGAACUGGGCGUUAAUGUUUACGUGGAUGCCAAACUACAGAAAUCCAAGCGCUUCGGCGCCAGCUCGUUAUUGGAGGAGCGUCCUCGCUUCCAACAUUUAUUGAAGUACUGGAAACCAGACAUGUGUCGGAACCAGCCAGAGAAGUUUGACCUGGUAUUGACUCUCGGUGGCGACGGGACAGUGCUCUUCACCUCAUGGCUCUUCCAAGGCAUUGUCCCUCCCAUUCUAUCCUUCAGCCUCGGUAGCCUGGGGUUCCUGACCAACUUCGAAUACGACAAGUUCAAAGACCAAUUGAACAAGGUCAUGGGCGAGGAAGGCAUGCGAGUCAGCAUGCGUAUGCGUUUCACGUGCACAGUCUUCAAAGCCGGUGGACCUGGAAUGGAUCCGGACGAGGCAGAGCAAUUCGAGGUCCUUAACGAGCUUGUCAUCGACCGGGGACCAUCGCCUUACGUCUCCAAUCUCGAGCUCUACGGUGAUAACGAGCUCCUAACCGUUGUGCAGGCGGAUGGCUGCAUAUUUGCCACGCCUACAGGCUCGACGGCCUACUCUCUGUCAGCAGGCGGCUCCCUUGUACACCCCGACAUUCCCGCCAUCCUCCUCACCCCCAUCUGCCCUCACACACUCUCAUUCCGUCCUAUGGUCCUCUCCGACACCCUUCUCCUCCGUGUCUCCAUCCCUCGCAAUUCUCGCGCUACGGCCUACUGCUCCUUCGAUGGCAAGAACCGUGUAGAGCUGAAGCAAGGCGAUCACAUCACCAUCGCCGCGUCACAGUACCCCUUCCCAACCGUCAUGAAAUCCGGCUCAGAAUGGUUCGAAAGCGUCUCCACAUCCCUGAAAUGGAACACCCGCGGCGCCGCCCAAAAGGGUUGGGACGGCCUCGAGGAAAACCAAGAAGAGGAGAUGGAGUGGGACAUUGACUUCGACGACUCUGCAUACGGCACUGAAGAGAACAGCUCAACUGCUAGCCCCUUGCGGAAGAAACUAUUGUCCAAUGACAUUUAA